AUGGACGAGGCGCGAGAUGUUGUACAGCAGCCAGAUCGCCCUCGGCGGCGAUUUCAGCGUGGAGAUGGCUUGAUUAUCGCCGUACUGCUCCUUAUCAUCGUCAGCUUAUGGUGGCCAGAAACGCGACCUGAGUUUGUCAAGGGAUCAACGCGUAACUACUACAAAGCGCAUACUGUGGAGGAGCGAGCCGCGAAGAUUCUAAAGGAGAACCCGCUCAUUGAUGGACAUAAUGAUUUGAUGAUCUUCAUAAGAGGAAAGUAUCGCAACCACAUCUACGACAACGAGUUCCAGGACCUGUUCGAAAAUGGAGGCCUUGCGCAACAUGUUGAUGUUCCACGGUUGGAGAAUGGCCACCAGGGCGGUGCGUUCUGGAGUGCUUUCUGGCCGUGUCCCAUGGGCAAUGGCACAGACUUCUCAGAUGAGAGAUACUCGGAUAUUGUCAAGGCCACCCUUGGUCAGUUGGAUCUCUUCAAACGCCUCGGUGAGAAAUACCCAAAGUAUUUUACUCCAUCGACAAACAGCGCCGAAGCCAUCAAAGCCUUUGAGCACGGUCGCCUCAUUUCUCCAACAGCCAUCGAGGGUCUCCAUCAGAUUGGCAACUCCAUCUCCACGCUACGUCUUUAUCACCAACUGGGCGUUCGUUAUGCAACUCUGACCUGGAACUGCCACAACAAGUACGCCGACGCCGCCCUUGAAUCAGGUGAGAAUUUCUCAGCGAAGAUUGCCAAACCUUUCUGGGGAGGUUUGAGCCCAGCAGGCCGUGACUUGGUCAAGGAGAUGAACCGUUUGGGCAUGCUCGUAGAUCUCGCCCAUGUCAGUCAAGACACGAUGCGAGACGUCCUCGUGGGCAACGGCGAUGGAAAAUGGAACGGCAGUCUCGCUCCUCCAAUUUUCAGUCACAGCUCCGCAUUUGCGAUCUGCCCACAUCCUCGCAAUGUACCAGACGAUAUCCUACAAAUGGUCAAAAAACGUAAUUCCGUCGUCAUGGUAAACUUCAACCCCGACUUCAUCUCCUGUGUUCCUGGAAAGACUCCUUCCGAUCUCCCGGAAUUUGUUCCUGCAAACUCGACUCUGGAACAAGUUGUUCGUCACAUCAGGCACAUUGGCGAGUUAAUCGGCUACGAUCAUGUCGGUAUUGGCACUGACUACGACGGCAUCGAGUCAACGCCGACUGGGCUUGAAGACGUCUCGAAGUUUCCUGAUCUGAUAAUUGAACUCUUAAGACAAGGUAUCAGCGAUGAAGAUGCUGCGAAGAUCGCGGGCCGUAAUGUUUUGAGGGUAUGGAAAGAAGCGGACAAGGUUGCUAAGAAGUUGCAGAAGCAUAUGCUUCCUUUGGAAGACGACGUGCAGAAUCAGUGGGUAUAG